CGACGGGUCGGGCUUGGAUUUAUAUCCCCUCAGCCGCUCGCGCUUGUUGUCAUUGCAGCGGCGGCGCUCGAAGGGGGAGGUUGCGGAGAAGUAGCGGCUGAGGGCUCUUCUCUCCGCCAUGUCCGGCCGGGGCAAAUCCGGCGGCAAGGCCCGCGCCAAGGCCAAGUCGCGCUCCUCGCGGGCCGGGCUGCAGUUCCCGGUGGGGCGCGUGCACCGGCUCCUGCGGAAGGGCAACUACGCGGAGCGGGUGGGCGCCGGGGCCCCCGUCUACCUGGCCGCCGUGCUGGAGUACCUCUCGGCCGAGAUCCUGGAGCUGGCCGGCAACGCGGCCCGGGACAACAAGAAGACCCGCAUCAUCCCGCGCCACCUCCAGCUCGCCAUCCGCAACGACGAGGAGCUCAACAAGCUGCUGGGCGGCGUCACCAUCGCCCAGGGAGGCGUCCUGCCCAACAUCCAGGCCGUGCUCCUCCCCAAGAAGACCCAGAGCUCCAAGAAGUGAGCCCGGCCGCCAGGGCAGGGAAAGCCCGCGGCAUCCGGACACUGGGCCCUCGCCUUCACCCUGGGGGGCCCCUCUGCCCCAUCCUCUUGGCCCCCUCCUCCUCCUCCCUGGUGCUCUGCCCGCCUCCUCUGCCCUCCCAGCCCUGGUCCCCUCAGCACUCUUGGGCCAAGCGGCUCCAUUCAGCACUCUAGUAUUCCCUCUCUGUGUGAGAUGAAGAGCCAUCCCCCUCAUUUCCCAUGUCAACAAAGGGUUCUCUGCCCUCCUAGUCCUUCCAUCUGGUCGUUCCAAGAGGCUUGAAUCCCUCCCCCUCUUUUAGUUUAGACAAGGCAUGGGCAAACUUCAGCCCUCCGAGUGUUUUGGACUUCACCUCCCUCAAGUCCUAACAGCCUGUAGGAAAUCCUAACAGCUAGUAAAAAUUCUGGGAGUUGUAGGCCAAAACACCUGGGGACCCACAGGUUAAGAAUCACGGCUUUAACCUGGAAUCUCAUGCCUUGGAAGUGGCUUAAUCUACAGCAGGCAUGAGCAAACUUUGGCCCUCCAACUCCCACAAUUCCUAACAGCCAGUACAAAAUCCUAACAGCUGGUAAACUGGCUGGGAGUUGUAGGCCAAAACACCUGGGGAUCCACAGAUUGAGAACCACUGCUUUAGCCUGAAAUAUUUUUCCUUGGAAAUUGCAUAAUCUCCAGCAGUCAUGGGCAACCUUUGGCCCUCCAGGUGUUUUGGACUCCACCUCCCACAAUUCCUAACAGCCAGUAGGAAAUCCUAACAGCUGGCAAACUGACUUGGAUUUCUGGGAGUUGUAGCCAAAACACUUGGGGACCCACAGGUUAAGAAUAAUUGUUUUAGCCUGAAAUCUCUUGCCUUGGGAGCGGCAUAAUCUACAGCAGGCACGGGUAAACUUUGGCCCUCCAGGUGUUUUGGACUCCAGCUCCCACAAUUCCUAACAGCCGGUAGGAAAUCCUAACAGCUGGUAAACUGGAUUUCUGGGAGUUGUAGGCCAAAACACCUGAGGACCCACAGGUUGAGAGCCACCGAUUCAGCCUGAAAUCUCUUGCCUUGGAAGCAGCUUAAUCUACAGCAGGCAUGGGCAAAGUUUGUCCCUCCAGGUGUUUUGGACUACAACUCCCACAAUUCCUAACAGCUGGCAAACUGGCUGGGAUUUCUGGGAGUUGUAGGCCAAAACACUUGGGGAUCCACAGGUUAAGAAUCACUUCUUUAGCCUGACAUCUCUUGCCUUGGAAGCGGCUUAAUCUAAAGCAGGCAUGGGCAAAAUUUGUCUCUCCAGGUGUUUUGGACUACAACUCCCACAAUUCCUAACAGCCAGUAGGCUGUUAGGAAUUGUGGGAGCUAGAGUCCAAAACACCUGGAGAGCCAAAGUUUGCUCAUGCCUGGUUUAGAUCUUUGCAUUCCCAUCUCCUGGCAUUAUUGUGGGAAGCCUCACCUUCCUCCUUUUCCCUGUCACCGAAAGGAGCCUGGCUGCCACUUAGUUGCCCUGCCAAUUGAUUUUCCCCUUUCCUCCACAUCCCUCUAGCCUAGCUUCAGCACUCUAGUAAACAUUCUCCAUUGUGGCAGAGAUUAUUGUGGGAAGAGUCAUCUUGCUUCUUUUCUAUGUCACUGAAAGGGCAUCUGCUUUGGGGCCUGGCUGCCACCUAGUGUCCUGCAAAUUGACCAAUCUUCCCCCCACCCUCCAAAAAUCCUUUAACCCAGUGGUUCUCAACCUGUAGGUCCCAGAUGUUUUGGUCUUCAACUCCCAGAAAUCCUAACUGGUAAACUGGCUGGGAUUUCUGAGAGUUGUCAGCCAAAACACCGACAGGCUGUUAGGAAUUGUGGGAGUUGAAGUCCAAAACACCUGGAGGGCUGAAGUUUGCCCGUGCCAGAUCUAUAGCAUCUGUGCAAUGAGGAGUUUCUUUCCUCCCUCCCUUAAAUCCCUUUUAUUUUCCCUAGAAGAGAGGAGUGGCAAAGGAAGAACACCCUGGGGUAUUUUUUGUUGUUAUUGUUAGUUUGUGAGUGAAGGUUUUUUUUUUUUAAACUAGAAGAAUGAUUCCUUCAUCUUUAUUUCCCCCCCAAUAAACUGAAAUCAAUGAGACUCUCUUCAAGGAUCGUGAAGCACGCCAGAAGCUUCAAGGUCUACACUGGGAAUGUCAAGGGAUUCUGGUUGGAGUGUUUGGGACAGUGGAGCUUGCCCAUACCCUGUCUGCAGGUGCUUUGGAGGGAAAAGGUGUUACCUUGUGAUUGCUUUGUUGUUUUGCACAAAGAUCCGGUCUGGUUUCGUAAAGUGACUGUCCCAGAGAUCGAGGUGGUGAUGGAUUUAUCUACCUGAUAUUGCUGCACAUCCCCAUUCAAUGUGAUCACAAAGUGAAGUAUAAAGGAAGCGGGUUGGGGUGGGAAGCUGCUAGGAAAUUUUCAGUGUAAAAAGAGGAAUUUGUCUUGCUCAGAAAGCAUUAGCUUCAUGUGCUAUUUCUCCCCACUGUAGUUUGUGUUGUAUUUGUUUUGGAACCCCAUUGCUUAUAUAUUAAUUUUUGUUGUUAUUACAAAGCUGCUCUUAAAAAUAUGGUUAUAAAAACAACAAGUUAUCAUGGCAAACAAUGGCUUAUAAGUUGCAAGACUAUACACAUGCCUGUGUUGUCUUACUGUCACCUCUGAUUGAACAAGUCUUUCAGGGUCAGGUUGCUGAGAGUUUUCCGGGCUGUCUGGCCUUGUUUGAGAAGCAUUCUCUCCUGACAUUUUGCCCACAUCUAUGGCAGGCAUCCUCGGAGGUUGGGAGGUGACCUCACAACUUCUGGGUGUGCCUGUCAUAGAUGUGGGUGAAACGUCCAGAGAGAAUGCUUCUCAAACAUGCCCAGAAAACUCACAGUAACCUAGUGGUUCCAGCCAUGAAAGCCUUCGACAACAUAUCUUUCAGGAUUGUUUUUCAAAACACAAAACUUGUAAGACCUGCCAGAGAGACAAUGGGAUUGGUAUGCAUGCCAUGAAUCAGUAAUGUUUUGACCACUGGGAGGUGGCAGAGAAGAAACCUUGCCUUGAAGUGAUAAAUUUGGAUCUUCUGAGUGUGUCUUAACAGCUUAGCUGCUAGCCAAGUGGAAGCAAGAGCCCAUGAAUUUAGGUCUAUUUUGGUCCUUUGGAUAUCAGAGGAGCUACAAUGACUUAAAGUAUUUUAGUAUAAGCUUUUGUCCUUUUCAGCCUAAAUAAUAUAAUAAUAAUAAUAAAUAUUAAACUUUAUUUAUACCCCGCCACCGACUCCCCAAUGGGGACUCGGAGCAGCCUCCAGCCCUAAAUAAUAUUAGAUAGGAGGUACUUGCUGGCUGUUUAGAACAGUAAAGAAUUGUACUAUUUCUCCCUCUCUCCCUGACUCCUUGGAUUUUCAUUCUGUUGUAGAGCCAUUGAUGGUGGCUGAACUUUAGCAUUUGAACCCCAGUUUGCACUUUAAAUUAUGUAGUGUUUUUUGUUCCAAAUUUCACUUCAGAAAAUAGAAUGCAAGCAUGGCAUCGGGUUAUUUGUAAUCCUUUGUGGAUUAAUGUUUGGGAGAUUGAAGGAGGGUUUUUUUUUUAAGAACGAAAGUAAUUUAUACAAAAAUAAAACAUCUAGUUAUGUGGUGAUUUAUGAAGUAAGUGUUUGGUUAAAUGUGCAAGCAUGAAAGUUGGCCUAGCCAGUUCUGUGGUGCAAUAAGUAGCUGUGGUCUUCUGAAACAGUACUGGAGCCAAACCUGUCUUGCUUAGGUGAAGAGUUCAUAGAACCAUGUGCAUGCAGCAGUGCCUAGGCUGUUGAAUACGUAGAACUCAUAAUAAUUACUAUUAUGGUCAGCUGUAUGUGCUGUUAAAUAGCAUGUGUUCAACCCAUCAAGUGAGUUGUAAAUCUGUAGAUGAAAUAUGUCUUGCUCUGGUUCGAUUAAUACAACCUAGACUAGUAGAAGUUGGAUGCUUUAAUAACUGGAUAAUGAAGGCAGUUUGUUCAUUCCAUUGCUGGUAGGCAUACUGUUUCACUGUUGAUGCUCAAAAAGUAGAUCUCUUCUCUGCCCCUGUUUGAUUGUCUUGCCUGCUUCCUUCCCCCUGACCUCCCAACUCCUGUGCAGGCUCAGGAACAGAAAAAAAAAAACCCUCAUGUUUCUAAAUAGCAAUCUCAUUCCUCUGGCACUGGACCAGUGUAGCUCUUCCUUUCUCCCAGAAGGAAGACUUGAUUGCAUUGUGGUGGGGAGGUAUUUCUUUACAAACAACUGCUAAAGAGUAGUAGCUGAAGUUCUGUAUUUGUGUUUUUCUGUCUUUCAAAUUAUUUUCAAAAUCAAUAUUUUGUGUUCUGUCAAAGAUUGCUUUGUAUUUAUUAGACAAUGCGGAACUUGUGAUACUGGAGAAGUGCAAAACCCAUAUUCUUAUUAAACUGAUUCGGUUUUGAAUGCA